UCAUCCAGCAGCGUCUCUCUCAGUGAGUCCUGACAGAGUUCAACACUUCAUCUCUGACUCUGUGUCUCUGAGCUGUGAGGGAAACUCUGCUGAAUGGAGAGUGAAAUUGAUUACAGAAACAGGUUUACUGUUUGACUGCUUCAGCAUGGGGAACAUGAACAGAUCUACAUGUGGCAUCAAUAUGGACUGGUAUCAUAGUGGAGUGUACUGGUGUGAGUCUGGAUCAGAACACUUCAGCAACGCCGUCAACAUCACUGUGCAGGAAGAUAUUAAUGGUAUUAUCCUGGUGAGCCCCGUCCAUCCUGUGACUGAGGGAGAUCCUGUUACUCUGAGCUGCAGAGAUAAAGAACAAAAACUUCUCUCCAAUGUGUUUUUCUAUCACAAUAACAAACUGAUCCACAAUGACGGCAGAGAGGACCUGAACAUCUCUACAGUGUCAAAGUCAGAUGAAGGUUUCUACAAGUGUGAACAUUCAGGAAAGAAGUCACCACAGAGCUGGAUGGCUGUUAGAGUUCCUCUCACCAGUCCUGUCAGCUCUUCACUUCCUGUGCUGCUGAUCGUUGGAGCAGUUAUUGGACUCAUUCUCAUUAUUCUCCUGAUGUUGUUGUGGUGCUGCAGACGGUCUAAGGGUUUAAGCUGUAUCAGUUUGAACCAAUCAGAGGGCAGUAAUGAAACCUCAGCCACCAAUCCUGGAGUGACCCAGACUGAUGGUCCCAUUUACAGCUCUUUGCUUCAUGAGGACCUUUCCAUCUAUGAGACAAUCCAACCCCUCAGAGCCUCUGGACAUGUCCCAGCAGAGAGGCCUCAUCUUCCUGCGAAGGAUUCUGAUUAUCCUAAAGUUAAACCCGAUAAUUACAGCUGAACAUGGAGUUCAGAUGGUUAACAUCUACAUACUCACUCUAGACAUCAGCAGAAAGCGUCCCCAUCAGAGACACAGCUGAGAACUGUUGGAUUAUUGGCUUGUUUAUUCUGCUGUUUCUUGCCUGAGAUAUCUUUGAUUUAUAAUAGUAC